GUGAGGUUCACAUUUCUUAACCAGUUUAGCUUGAGGCUUAUACGCGGAUCUGUGCAUUAUUGCUUGUGAAGUUUACUAUUAGUAAUCUGUGUAAAUCGCUACUCCACCAAGAUGAAUUCUUUCCAACUACCGUGCUAUUUUCUAGCCCUCUGUGCCUUGGUGUCCAUUGGAAAUUGUGGUAUAAUUGAAGUGCACCACCAAAACCUCGCCGAUGACAUCGUCUUAUUACAUAAUGAAAUCGUCCCAGUAGUUAGCCGACAUCGCCGAGCUGCUGAUAGUAAUGCACAUAUUCCAUCCAUUUGCAAGGACUUGGACCAAUCCGAUCUUAUCACUUUUAUGCUCAGCUGUAACUUGAAAAAACUCGACCAACAAAUUGGUGAUUUAAACGCGCUGCUCCCUAUUUUGACGAAAAUCCGAGACAUUGGAAAAGACUUGUUGAACGAUAGGCAAGCAGGUGUAGUGGGAAAUCAAGGUGAGAGGCUGCAAGCAAUAAAUGCUGCCAAACAGGAUUUGCUGAAUUACCUGGACAAAUUUUUACCUCAGCAACAAGAUUUGCUUCAGGGAACCCCAUAUGAAAAGAUAGUAGGAAUGCUUUACCCUCUGAGGGAAUCACUUCGUUCAGAUAAGGUUGAUGUGGCUACCGCAUAAGCUUGUAUUAUGUUAUCGGUUUCCUUAAAUGCAAAUACAUAAGUAUAUAUGUUUAUAGAAUGAAACGAAACUGUUUAUAAAUUUAUCAUAUAUUUUAAAAAA